CCAGCCCGCGCCGUCGCCCGCCGCCCGCCACAGGAGCCGCGGCGCUGCUGCUCGCCCUCCCGGUCCUGCCCCUCACUGGAAAAACAGCAAAAGGACAUUAAGGAGCCACCCAGAGACCCCCAGAAGGGUUGAGACAGCUGGGUCCAGGGAGAAAAGCUGCAUCUGAGGCAGCUGAGGAUCCACAGCUGUGAGACAGCUUUGACCAUAAAACUGACCCAGAAGACUCUGGCUCCCAGGUACAAGGUGGAGUGGACACCCUCAGUAUUUGCCUGCUCCUUCCUGGUCAGAUGUGAUUUUUGAAAUGGAAUGAGGCUGAACAGGCGUCUCCCUCCUGGUGUGCGGACCUGAGAGAGGACUGGGAUGGUCUUGAGUGCACGUAACUAGAAGCCGGUUGCAGCGAUGAGUUCAGAUGAGAAGGCCGUAUCCCCUGCUCAUAAAACGUCCACGCCAACCCAUAGAAGUGCCUCCUCCUCCACAUCCUCCCAGAGGGAGAGUAGGCAGAGUAUCCACAUAUUGGAAAGAACUGCUUCCUCAAGCACCGAGCCCUCUGUAAGCCGGCAGUUGCUAGAACCAGAGCCAGUGCCCCUCUCCAAGGAAGCUGACAGCUGGGAAAUUAUAGAAGGGCUGAAAAUAGGCCAAACCAAUGUCCAGAAACCAGACAAACAUGAAGGCUUUAUGCUGAAGAAAAGAAAAUGGCCUUUAAAAGGCUGGCACAAGCGGUUUUUUGUCCUGGAUAAUGGAAUGUUAAAGUAUUCAAAGGCACCACUUGAUAUUCAAAAAGGGAAGGUGCACGGGAGCAUAGAUGUCGGACUCUCUGUCAUGUCAAUCAAAAAGAAAGCUCGGAGAAUAGACCUGGACACAGAGGAGCACAUCUAUCAUUUGAAGGUGAAAUCCCAGGACUGGUUUGACGCGUGGGUUUCCAAACUGCGCCACCAUCGGUUGUAUCGUCAGAAUGAGAUUGUGCGGUCACCAAGAGAUGCAGGUUUUCACAUAUUUCCAUCAACCUCCACAGCUGAGUCUUCCCCAGCUGCUAACGUUUCAGUUGUGGAUGGGAAGAUGCAACCAAACAGCUUUCCUUGGCAGUCCCCUUUGCCGUGCAGCAGCAGCCUUCCUGCUACCUGCACAACUGGCCAGAGCAAAGUUGCAGCCUGGUUACAGGACUCAGAAGAAAUGGACAGGUGUGCAGAAGAUCUUGCACACUGCCAGUCAAACCUCGUGGAACUUAGCAAACUCCUGCAAAAUUUGGAAAUAUUACAGAGAACUCAGUCGGCACCUAACUUCACUGACAUGCAGGCUAACUGUGUAGAUAUUUCAAAGAAAGACAAGCGGGUCACAAGACGAUGGAGAACAAAAAGUGUCAGCAAAGAUACAAAAAUACAACUACAGGAAGGGCCACCUGCGAAAGGCCAGUUCAGCACAACUCGGCGCCGACAGAGGCUAGCAGCAGCAGUGGCUACAACAGUCCCUUUCAGUGCUACCAUGUCACCCGUCCGCUUGCACUCCUCCAACCCCAACCUUUGUGCAGAUAUUGAAUUUCAGACUCCCCCCAGCCACCUCGCUGACCCUCUGGAAAGUUCAACGGAUUAUACAAAGUUGCAAGAGGAAUUUUGUCUAAUUGCACAGAAAGUGCAUUCUCUUUUGAAGUCCGCCUUUAACAGCAUAGCUAUCGAGAAAGAGAAGCUGAAGCAGGUGGUUGCUGAGCAGGAUCACAGCAAAGGCCACAGCACACAGAUGGCCCGUCUCCGACAGUCACUGUCACAGGCACUCAACCAGAAUGCUGAACUAAGGAGUCGCUUGAACAGAAUACAUUCAGAGUCUAUUAUUUGUGAUCAGGUUGUCAGUGUAAAUAUUAUUCCUAGCCCUGAUGAGGGUGGUGAGCAAAUCCAUGUCAGUCUCCCUCUGUCACAGCAAGUAGCCAAUGAGAGCCGCCUCUCCAUGUCGGAGUCUGUGUCUGAGUUCUUUGAUGCCCAAGAGGUGCUCCUCUCUGCCAGUUCAUCAGAGAAUGAGGCUUCCGAUGAUGAGUCUUACAUCAGUGAUGUGAGUGAUAACAUCUCUGAAGACAACACCAGUGUCGCGGACAAUAUUUCUCGGCAAAUCCUGAAUGGCGAGCUGACAGGGGGGGCUUUCCGAAACGGACGUCGCACGUGCCUGCCAGCUCCGUGUCCUGACACCAGUAACAUUAACCUGUGGAAUAUCUUGAGGAACAACAUUGGGAAAGACCUGUCUAAAGUGUCUAUGCCUGUGGAGCUCAACGAGCCGCUCAACACCCUGCAGCAUCUGUGUGAGGAGAUUGAGUACAGCGAGCUUCUGGACAAGGCGUCGGAAACGGAUGACCCGUAUGAGCGCAUGGUUCUCGUUGCUGCAUUUGCAGUUUCAGGAUACUGCUCCACCUAUUUCAGAGCAGGAAGUAAGCCAUUCAACCCAGUCCUCGGGGAGACUUAUGAGUGCAUUAGGGAAGACAAGGGAUUCCGAUUUUUCUCAGAACAGGUUAGCCAUCAUCCACCCAUUUCUGCCUGUCACUGUGAAUCAAAGAAUUUUGUGUUUUGGCAAGAUAUCAGAUGGAAGAACAAGUUCUGGGGAAAGUCGAUGGAAAUCCUGCCUGUGGGGACACUCAAUGUUAUGCUCCCAAAGUAUGGAGACUACUAUGUGUGGAAUAAAGUCACCACCUGUAUACACAACAUUCUCAGUGGGAGAAGAUGGAUAGAACAUUAUGGAGAAAUAACCAUUAGAAAUACCAAAAGCAGUGUUUGCAUUUGCAAGCUUACAUUUGUCAAGGUGAAUUACUGGAAUUCUAACGUGAAUGAAGUCCAGGGAGUUGUGAUGGACCAGGAGGGGAAGGUGGUGCACCGGCUGUUUGGGAAGUGGCAUGAAGGGCUGUACUGCGGCGUGGCCCCCUCUGCCAAGUGCGUCUGGAGACCAGGUUCCAUGCCGACCAACUAUGAGCUCUACUAUGGUUUCACAAGGUUUGCUAUUGAACUUAACGAGUUAGAUCCUGUGCUGAAAGAUCUCCUCCCACCAACAGAUGCCCGAUUCCGGCCAGAUCAAAGAUUUUUGGAAGAAGGAAAUUUAGAAGCUGCAGCAGCAGAGAAACAAAGAGUAGAGGAACUGCAGAGGUCUCGGAGACGAUACAUGGAAGAAAACAACCUUGAACACAUACCAAAAUUUUUUAAGAAAGUUAUUGAUGCCAAUCAAAGAGAAGCCUGGGUUUCUAACGACACCUACUGGGAACUCCGAAAGGACCCUGGGUUUAGUAAAGUAGACAGCCCUGUUCUUUGGUAAACUGGGAACAUAGAGCUAGCCAACAUAUCACACUCUGAAUGAUUAAAUAACUAUGCACAAUUAUGUUUCUUAUAGCUACACGUGGUUUCUGGGUCGACUGAAAACCUACCAUUUGCUUUUCUAUUUCAUCUUUAUAAUGGACUUUCAGAAGUGCAUUAGACGAGGCCCCUGACCACUUGUGGAUCCUUUCUUUUUUGCUGCAACCAUAUUCCUUAAGAAAAAUAAAGCAUCCACACCCUCCUCGGAGAGCAGAAUAAAAGGAGCAGGAUAUAAAAUCCAAAGUCUGAAGAGUUUGCAAAGAAAAACGAACUGUACCUGGUGCUUAACGCUGAUCAAGAGAGUUAAAACAACACACAAACCAUGCGCUCGGUCCGUCAUCUGGAAGCACCAUCCCCCCGUCUGUCGUAAGAGCUCCUGGACCACAGCGGUCGGUUAGUUCGGACUUCAGGUGUGUCUGUUGAUGUGAUGUGCUUGUGCUGGCCUCGUCAAAAAAAGACGUGAUGCUUCUCAGAGCCUGUCCCAUCUGUCUGCCAUUGUUCAUGCCUUAAGAAAUGCAAAUAUGUACAAUAAAUCAUUUUUAAACUGUGUGCCCAUAGAUUUAUGUGAAGGACAGACCUUUUGAAUCACAGCACGAUUCGCUUUCUCAGUCGGAACAUGUAUGGGUCUAGCUGAAAUGACUUUCUAAAAAUAAGCAACACAGGCUUGACUUCAGUGAGCUGGUUACCUGUCACUGACAUGAAAGGCAAGAAAGAAAAGGUGUGCGAAACAGAUCUCUGUAUUCAUGUUGUUUAAGUUCUGUCCUGCGUCCCGAUAAUAAACCGUCCCUCUUCCACCUCAUCUCACAGUGUGCCCUGUUAUUUGGCAAAAUCUUAUUUGAAUUGGACAUUUGUCAUCAGUGUUACAACUGUGGAAGCAAACAACAAAAAGUAUGGGAAUUCCUGUGUGGGCAUAAUAGUACUAUGAAUGGUAGCUGUUUUUGAAUGAAGUACAGUGUAACAUCAUCUCUCACCCUGCCCACCCCAUUAACACCAUGUGAAUUCCUCUGAAGAACAAAGACAAGAAUACCAAUAGCUUAUUUGCAUUAUUUAAAUGAGUUCUAUGCAAGAUCAUAGUUCAUAUUUCUAUCAAGUGGUUCUGUGAGCUACAAGCAUUUACCCUGCUAUUGGCAGAUAAUAGAAUGUAAGCUAAGGAACUUAGCCAUCUCAAAAGGGAAAGGGGUUUCUGCCGAAUUCAGUACUUGUUUCUCCUGCACUAAUCUACAGAGGCUUUUGUAGGAGUUUUGCAUCAGUGUUUCUAAGUUUCUGCACGUAGAUGACUCUAGAUGCCUACAUGUUUUUAAAAACAUCUUUAGAGAUUUUCCUGGAGAAUUAUAAACUUACAUGUAUCUCCAUUGUCGGUUAGGUUUUUGUUCUGAGGCCCUUACUGUCAGAGUUGAAGUGGUAUUUUAAACUCUGAUAACAAGGUUGCUGACAUUUUCUCUUGUUACGAGGUGUUGGCUUUAGUGUUAUUUCUGCUCAGCAAAGCACUCCUACUAAUGGCUAAUACACCAUCAACUAAUUCCUGGCAGUGGCUUAUCCCCCAUCAACUAAUUCCUGGGGAGGAAAGUGCAAUGGGAAAGCUCUAAGGUUUCCAGCAGAUGGAGCGAUGGCUUAGUGAUCCUGAACCUCGGCCCUUUCACCUGAGUCUGUCCAUGAUGUGUGCAAUUUGCAUUAGUUUUGAACAGAUUUAGUUCAUCCUCAAGUGAACAUCCUAAUCCCUUGCCAGAACGAAGCCUUGCACUUAAGCAGCCUUUCCAUGCUGCUCGGUUCCUCUCAUUGCCGUUUUAAAUCUGUAGGUGGCUUACCCCAUGGUAGUCAAAUCCUCUCUCUGGUUAUUGAUUCUUUUUCUGUUCAUUCAUCUUGACAUCCUUUUAUCUAUAUUCUGAGAGACAUGGCUUUAAUUUUAAUUAGAACUUAAUUAGAAUCCUAUUGACUUCCUUAAAGAAUUCUGUUCCACAGCUGGUAGUUUAUUAACAUACUAUUCAAAGAGGUUCUGCUCUGUCUGUAGGAGCACUUCUUGGAAGAGACUCAAAAUAGCCUACAUACAAGAAUCCUGCAAAGUAAAGGUAAUACAAGUAGAGCAGUUAGAAUCUGAGGCCUUGGUGACUAACAGAUCUGUCGGGCAGGCAGGUGGAAGAGGACCCAGCACCUAUCAGGAAAGCAGCCACUGUAUGAUUAAAACUGAGAUGAAGGAAAAAUAGUAGAGUGAGCCUUUACUAGAGAGUAAGUUCCGGCUGCCUGUCAAGUGAGUGAAUGCCGAUCAGAGCAAACUUGAAACUAUGAUUAGGGUUUCAACAGAAAGAGGAAAGCUGUCAAUUAAAAAUCACCACCUUUUAUAAUCUUUAGAAUUUAGAAUCUCUCUGGGAUUCAGAUUUCCUCGUUGUUCUGAUUCAAGUGAUCAGUUCAGUUUCAGAUAAUACCCCAGUAGUACCCGAUUCACUCACCUACCGGCCCCCCACCCCUGUCAAAUCCUUGGCCUCUUCUCCCAUCUUUUCUUCCAUUUAUUGACAUGAUGGUUAUAGAAUUAUGAGACUGAUCCUGUUGAGAUUUUCGUCAGCAUACUGUUUUGGGCUUUUGAGACAAACAGGAAAAGAGUAGAGUAUUGGAUCAUUGGAUCAUUUCUUAGAAAUUUAUGUAAACCUUUGUGUUUCCAGGACAUUUUUCUUGUCUUUCCCUAAAAUGACCUAGGGUAGAGGAGGACUUAACAUGUCUGUCUCCCUCUCCUGGGAUUUCUUUAUGAGCUGCUGCAUCUCAUCUACAGUGGCCACUACGGAAGGCAGCAGUAAGUGGCAGUGACCCUGUGGACUUGGACUUGGCUAGACUAAAGAGAUUGAUGGCACACACCAGCACUUGUAGAAGCCGACCAGAAAUGUUUUGAUUUCAUUUGCUUCCACCCAGGGUGCAAAUGUACUCUGAUUUUGCCAUUGUCUUAUUGUUUUUUAAUGAACUCAUAUUUCAUGGUAUCUUUAAAUACCAGUAAUUUCCAGGCAAUUGUAAACAUGAACCUCAUUUAAGAUCACUUUUUAAUGGGUUAGUUAAAUAUGGGGAGGGUGAAAAACCAAAUGCAAUUUUCUGGAUAAAAACUGCUAAGGAAUUUUCCAUCCAUUGGAUGCCAGGUUGUCCGUGGUCCCAACCUUUGGCUUCUCUUGCUUAUUCUGACCCCAUGCCUUUGUGCAAUUGCAUCCCUCAUUAGAGUCUGCCCCAGGGAGCAAGGGGGCAGGGAGGAACAGCAGAUUAAACUGUUGUGCUCAGUCCUGUUUACAGCUGUGGCUGGAAAAGAGUUUAUCAUCAUAACCUAAAGGACAUUUUGUUAUUUUCUUGUGGGUUUUAAUUAUCCAUUUUGUCUGAGCUCGUUUCACUGUCAUCCUAGGUAAUAAAUGUUUGUGGGAGCAGAGCUCCUCACACACCAGGGGGUAUAAGAAAUGUUUGCACUUGACUUGGUAUAUUCUGAAUGUGGCACAGUAAAUAAUGUUCGUGUAUAAAACAUUAGUUUAUUUCUACGGGAGCCAUUAUGUUCAGGAUAUAUAAAAUGUAUCUAAUUAAACAAUUAUGAAUCCAUUCUGUG